AAAAAAACUAGAGGUUACUAACAGUGAAAAACUAUUCAAUUUAUACUACGAAAGAUUGAAACCUACUUCACAAGAAAAGCUUAAACAAGCUUAAACUAGUAAUUUUUCAAUCAAGUAAUCUCCCAUUUAAAGGAGAGUACCUUGUUUUGGAGAAGAAUCAGAUUCUAAAGUUGGGUUUUUUUUUUUUGUUUUGUGGUUAAGUCAGCUAAGAAAAUACCAAGAACAAGCUGUGGAGUGUUUUAAGGGAAGUGGUGGUGGUAGUAGGCCACGAUUUCCCACCAUGCUUUGCGUUCAACCCUCAUGAUUAUUCCUUUUCCUUUUCUUUUUCCUCUUAUUUUCUCUGCAAAUCUUCUCCAUCUCCAUGUUUGUUUUUGCUUAAUUGUAAGAAAACAUAUUUGAGAAUGAAUUUUGUUGGGGGAAAUGUUGUGAGUUCAAGUGAUGGAGCAGUUUCAGAUCAUCUCCAUAAGGCUGGGGGCUCAGCUGGGACUAACCAUUGGAAGAAAAGGAAUCUUUUUCUUGAGAUACCGUCGCGAACGACGGAUUUUGUUGCGAUAAAAAUGCCUCCAACAUCAAGUCCUACACCAAGGAAAGUGAAUUUUGUGUUAACACCUACUUCUUCAGAUGCUAUAGCUAGUGGAUCUUCAGGGCCAUCUUCAUCCAGAGGCAAAUCAUCUAUCAAAACUCUCUUCCCGAAGCUUAGCUUCAUUUACCGAAGCUCCCCGGAUGUUGAGGCAGUGUCCAGUCUUGUUUCUGAGGCCUCUUCGUCUUCAGGGACACAUGAGAAGUCUCAAGGUUUAAAGCCCUUGUCUGUGGCAAAGAUGUUUACGCCUAGGUCGAAGCAGGCUUCAUCACUACCUGUAACUCCUGUAGCUCAUUCUAAUUCAGAAUCUACACACGAUGAAAACAAGGAGAGUGAACAGGAAUCAGUAAGAAAAGGAUCUCAGAAACGGAUAUCUCGCUCGCUUUCUCUUCCAGUCAAUAACAAGUCUAGAAGUAUAAGGAGAACAGAUUCAUUUUUCCGUGUAAUUCCUUCAACUCCACGACCAAAGGAAGGGGAUAUAAGACCGAGUACUUCAACAACAGUAGAAAGAGAAACUAAAGAAGCCAAUGGUGAAGACAUCUCCGAAGAAGACGCUAUUUGUAGAAUUUGCAUGGUUGAAUUGUGUGAAGGAGGUGAGACUCUAAAGAUGGAAUGUAGCUGCAAAGGAGCACUUGCUCUGGCUCACCAAGAAUGUGCAGUCAAAUGGUUUAGUAUCAAGGGAAACAAAACGUGUGAAGUUUGCAAGAAAGAAGUUCAAAACCUUCCUGUAACUCUGCUAAAGAUCCAGAGCAUUCGAACUCAAGUAUUCGGGAUCGCUAGAACUCAGCAGGAUAAUGUUAAUGGAUAUAGGGUCUGGCAGGAGUUUCCCGUGCUCGUCAUUGUUAGCAUACUUGCCUAUUUCUGCUUUCUUGAGCAACUACUGAUGCAGGUUGCAAAAAUGGGCACCAGUGCAAUUGCCAUUUCACUUCCAUUUUCUUGCGUUCUGGGUCUACUCUCAUCCAUGACCUCUUCAACUAUGGUGAAAAGAAGAUUUAUAUGGGUAUAUGCAACAGUGCAAUUUGGUAUGGUGGUUCUCUUCUCACACAUAUUUUACACUGUGGUUGGUGUCCAAGCAGUUUUGGCCAUUAUAUUGGCUACAUUAACUGGGUUUGGCAUCAUCAUGAGUGGAAGUUCAAUUAUUGUGGAAUUUUUACGAUGGCGAAGACGAUGGGGGCUACCAAUGGGACAACAGCACUUUGACUCUCAAAGGUUGGCACAACCAGUACAACCACCUAUAGCUGUAAGUUCACUACAUAAUGCUAUACCCCGCCAGCAUCACCCAGUUGUCGAAUCAUUAAGCAGAAGUUGAAUUGAAACAGUGCUGGCCAAAGUGAGGUAUUCUACUUUUUGAUGCAUUGUAUAUGGGUUUUCGUUAUAUGUACAAGAAAUGUAGGUGGUGACAUUUUUGAACCAUAGUUUCCUUGUAUAGACUUUAUGCCGUGGUUCUGGAAGUUAUCAACUUGACACAACAUUGUGAAUGUAAAAUAAACAUAAAAGAAAAUCACAGAAUGAAUUUGAGAUUGAUGUUGCUUU